AUGUUUAUAACUAAAUUUGAAGUUGAAAAUUAUUGGGAUUUUCAUUUUUUUAAUGACAUUGUUUACAAUUCAAAUUGGGAAAAUGUUUAUUUUGCUCAUCAAAUAAACUUUAAUUCAUCAAGUAACUAUUUUAUUUUUUAUUAUCAAAAAAAAAUUCAUUUUCUAAUCAUUUUUAUUUUUUUAUUUUUUAUUUUUUUUUAUUUGUUGGCGUGGAAAUUUUUAGGAUUGGAUAAAUCAAAAUUAAGUUAUGUUAAGAAUCAAUCUGGAGAAUCUGAAAAUUAUGAAGGAAUUUUUAUUCUUAAUUUAAAUGUAUGCAUUUAUAAAAUAAAAAAAGAAGAAUCAAGAUCUAGACCAGAAUUAAUUGUGGAAUAUUUUGAAGAAGUUUUUAAAAGUGGUUUCAUUAAAGAAAAUUCGGUUUUAUAUACUUCUGAAUUCUAUAGUAAUUCCCAUUCAACUAUCCAAGAAAUCGCUAUGAAAUAUAAUAUUCUUUUUCAUGUUAUUCCAGACGAUCCACCAACUGAUCCUUUUAUUGAAUAUUCAAUUUACCUUAAAGAAAAUCUAUAUAAUCAAAAUAUAUCAAAACCAUUUUUAGAUGAAAUUAUUUAUACUAUUGAUAAUUCACUAAAUGAUAAAAAUUUUUGA